AAGACAAUCAUAGCUUGGUUGAACGCAAAAGAACCCUUCCUCAGUUUCUUUUCAAUUUCCAAUUCCGCCAUGGCAAGUCACUCUCAUUCACAACCCUCAAACACCUUCACCUCUAUCUCCCACCGUUGGCGAGAAGAUCUCCGUCUCAUACGCGACCGUGCAAAUUCCUUCACAACACGAAACCUUCCUUCCACCACCUUCGACGACGUCGAUUUCGUCAAAAACUUGCGCCCUAAGCUUUCCGAGUUUCCUAAGAGAACAAGUAUUCGGAUGAAUCUCUCUGCUAUUAGGGAUGCUAUUGUUUCAGAGGUUGAAGAGGAUAUGGAUGGAAUUUUGGGUAAUAAUAAGAGGUUUAAUUGUAGUGAGUUUUGGAAGGGAGAUGAACAACAAUGGUGUAAAGAUUGGGAACCAAUUCGUGUGUUUAAGAAACAGUUCAAGAAAAAUACUCAGUUUUUGGAUAAGUUGAAGUUAAGUUUGAAAUCAAUGUGCAAUGAGACUGAAGAUUCAAAGGAAGUUCGCCCAUUGGAUGUAUCUGAACUUCUGGCGUAUUUUGUUAGACAGUCAGGACCAUUUUUGGAUCAACUUGGAGUCAAGAGAGAUAUAUGUAACAAGAUUGUGGAAGGCUUGUAUGGCAGACGUAAGAACCAACGACAACUCCACUCCUUUUCUGGGGGAGAAUCUUCGGUUCUUGGGGAUGGUAACCUAAAUGAUGAAUUGGAUUUGCGGAUAGCAAGUGUUCUUCAGAGUACAGGGCACCGGUAUGAUGGUGGAUUCUGGACAGACCACCAUGCAAAACAUGAUCUGUCAGACAAUCAGAGGCAUGUUGCAAUAGUCACAACUGCUAGUCUUCCUUGGAUGACUGGAACUUCUGUAAAUCCACUAUUUCGUGCUGCUUAUCUAUCACAAUCGUUAAAACAGAAAGUUACUCUGCUAAUUCCAUGGCUUUGUAGAUCAGAUCAAGAACAAGUUUAUCCCAACAAUCUCACUUUUCUCUCACCGGAAGAGCAGGAGGUUUAUAUACGAAAUUGGCUUGAGGAAAGAAUUGGUUUUGAAGCAGAAUUCAAAAUCUCCUUUUAUCCUGCUAAGUUUUCUAAAGAAAGGCGAAGUAUAAUGGCUGCUGGCGAUGCUUCUAAAUAUAUACCUGCCAGGGAUGCUGAUAUUGCUAUAUUGGAAGAACCAGAACAUUUGAAUUGGUACCAUCAUGGCAAAUGUUGGACGAAGAAAUUCAAUCAUGUUGUCGGUAUUGUCCACACAAAUUAUUUAGAAUAUAUCAAGAGGGAGAAAAAUGGGGCCCUCCAAGCAUUCUUUGUGAAACACAUAAACAACUGGGUUACAAGAGCGUACUGCCACAAGGUUCUCCGUCUUUCAGCAGCCACUCAGGAUUUACCGAAGUCUGUAAUUUGCAAUGUUCAUGGUGUGAGUCCCAAGUUCUUAAAAAUUGGAGAAGAGAUCGAUGCAGACAGAGAGCUUGGACAGAAGCCAUUCACAAAAGGGGCAUAUUUCUUGGGAAAGAUGGUAUGGGCAAAGGGAUACAAGGAGUUGAUUCAUUUAUUAGCAAAGCAUAAAAAUGACCUUGACGGCUUCAAGAUUGAUGUAUUUGGUAAUGGAGAGGAUGCUAAUGAAGUUCAGAGUACAGCUAAAACGUUGGAUUUGAAUAUCAACUUUCAGAAAGGAAGGGACCAUGCAGAGGAUUCUCUUCAUGGGUACAAAGUUUUCAUUAACCCUAGUGUUAGUGAUGUGCUCUGCACAGCUACAGCGGAGGCACUUGCGAUGGGAAAGUUCGUAGUUUGUGCCGACCAUCCUUCAAAUGAGUUCUUCAGGUCUUUCCCAAACUGUUUGACUUACAAUACAUCUGAAGAAUUUGUGGCAAAAGUUAAAGAAGCGUUAGAAAAUGAGCCCCGUCUUCUUACACCUGAACAAAGAUAUCAACUUUCUUGGGAUGCCGCUACUCAAAGAUUUAUGAAAUAUUCCGAGCUCGACAGAGUGGUGAACAUCGAGAAGGGUGCUACAAAAUCAAAUAAAAAUAAUGGAAAGCUCAUUGCUAAUUCACUUUCAGUGCCUAGUCUCACCGAAUUAGUAGACGGAGGAUUAGCAUUUGCUCACAACUGUCUCACUGGGAAUGAAUUCCUGCGAUUAUGUACCGGAGCAAUUCCUGGGACGCGUGACUAUAACAAGCAGCAUUGUGAAGACCUUCAACUCUUGCCUCCACAGGUAGAAAAUCCUCCCUAUGUCUGGUGAAGAUUGAGUAGUUUAAGUGAUCGGUUCAAUUUUUGAAACCUGGCUGUGCCAAGAAGCACCGUAAAUUCCUUCGUUUCACGGCUGGUGAAGAUUGAGUAGCUUAAAUGUUUGAUUCAAUAUUUUUGACAUCUGGCUGUGCUAAGAAGCACUGCAAAUUCCUUCAUUUCACCGUAAAGUUCUUAAUCUCCUGCACUAAAUCUAUGAAGCACAGAUUCGGACACGACACGGACGCCGACACCACUGAUAAUUUGAGAAAAUCACAUAAUUCAGUGUAAUUAUAUGUGUCAGUGUCGUGUCGGUGUCGGACACGACAUGUCCGACACCGGAACACCUAAUCCGAAGAGUGUCCGUGCUUCAUAGCCCAAAAUCCUAUUCUAUAGCCAGUUAAUAUUACAGUUAAGUUAGAUUAGUAAUAUCUGACACCUUUAUGAAGACGCCAAGUCUCAAACCGAGGACCACAAGGUUGAGGAGAGAAUCUUGCAACCAAGUAAUCUAAGGGAAACUUACAAUAUUUGACACCUUACUAUUGAAAAGAAGCACUGUAAUUACCCUCAUUUCAAAUCCCCACAGGUAAAAAAUUAUUUCAAGGGCUGGUGAAUGGCUUUGCUGGUCUUAAUUUGUUGAAUACAUUGAUCCAUUUUUUGUUGUAAUUUAAUUCUUCCCUCCAACAUGAUUUGUGGGAGCUGAAUAUCUUGAAUGUGCAUUUCUUACACGGAAAAACAUGGAAAUUAUGACAUCUAAUAGUACUGGACCAUGCGCUUGACUGGUUAUUCUUGCUUUUAGAAGUUUCUCACAGGCGUUUGGGAGAGAUGACUAUUGAAAACACAGUAUGUAAUUAACUGCUAGUAUUAAGUGUUAAUUGGGUUGAUCUAGUUCGAUACUAGGACUUUUCUUGAGUGAUCAGUGAUCAGUGUUCAGAAUCUCUAAUAGUUUGAGGUUGGUAGUAGUAUGGUUUAUGGGUACUAGUAGAUGGUUUGAGAAUUUCACCCCUUAGUAUUUGAUUUUUUUUA